UUUAAUUGUUUUUGUUUUUUUUUCGUUUUUGAUACUCUUGUUACACUGUUAAAUUUUUUGUUUUUGUUGUUGUUGAUAACAGCAUUUCGUUUACUAAACUGUGUUAUAAUGUCGGUCGUAUUCUGUCAUUUGUUAAACCACGUGUGUUGUUCAAUUAGUUCUUAAAAAUCGUGAAAAUGGAAAGUGAUGAUAUACUUGUUUAGAAUAUAAUUCCGGGUUUGAGGAAAACCAGAAAAUUAUUACAUAUUCCAACAGAGGGACAAAUUUAUAAAUUUAAAUAUUCUCAAAAUAAUACAAAAUAUUAUAAUUGUUAUCAAAAUGGAUGUCCCGUCAAUAUUGCCGUGGAUUUGAACAAUGCAAUACAUUGCCGUAAAACAAAUAAAAACUUAGUGCACAACCAUGAGGCCCAAAAUGAAGUUAUAAAGAAAUUAAGUUUAAUUAACUCUAUUAAAUUCGAAUGCGCUAAUAGAAUGUCAUUGAAAAGGUCAAGUGUUCGUCAAGUGUACGAUGAGAAUUGCAAAAAGGCUAAAGAGUCUGCUCAUUUGGUUGAAUUUGGGAAAAUGCGAAGGCAAUUAAUAAACAUAAAAUCGGAAGCCUUGCCAAAAGCACCUCAAAAUUUCCAUGACAUAAUUUCAAUUUUUGAAAAUCCAGAAAUUCGCAAGAAUUAUACAAAUUCAAAAUAUGACAAUGAUUUGCCAUUCUAUCGUGGUACGGUGAUUGAAGAGGAUUUCGGUUACUCAAUUUUUGUGUCCCCUACAAUGUGUAACUCAAUAAUGAAUAUGCCUACUGGCGAACCACGUCAUUAUUUAAUAGAUGGGACUUUUGGUGUAGUACCGAUACGUAGUUCCAAUAGCUUUAAGCAGCUGCUAAUAUUUCAUAUUGCUCAUAAUGAACAUACAUUUCCUUUUAUCUACAUUUUAAUGUCAAACAAAUCUUUGAAUGCAUAUAUCCAUGUACUACAAUACAUCCAAAGUAAUAUUUUUGACAUGAAGCCCACAACAUUCACCACGGAUUUUGAGUAUGGCUUAAGAAAAGCAUUGUCACAGAUUUAUCCACAAACAAAAUUAAAGACAUGUUGGUUUCAUUUUACACAAGCUGUUCGAAGGAAUGCUUCAAAACUUCCUAAGUUCAUGUCGAAAAUAAAUAAAGAUAAUGAUGCAAAACAAUUGUUUCGCAAAUUUCUAAUAUUACCGCUGUUAAAACCGGACGAUAUAUUAAUUGGAUAUCUAAAUCUGAAAAAUCAUGCUUUGAGUUAUAAUUUAAAUAGCAUUUUUGAACAAUUCAUAGCAUAUUUCGAGAGACAGUGGAUUAAAAAGGAAGGCGCAUCAAAAUUCUCCGUUUAUAACGAAUCCAUUAAAACUACAAGCUUAAUAGAAUCGUUCCAUGGGCAAUUGGGUAAAUACCUUUCGAAAAACGGAAGAUUUUAUAAAUUGAUAGACCAUUUACUAGAUGUAGAUGUGACAAAAUCAAUUGAUUUUAAAAAAUCAUUGGACGGCAGUAUUUCAAUAUGUGUAGCAAAAUUAAAAAGGCAAAAAACGCGAGAAAAUUUGAUUAAAACUAUCUUAAGAAAUUUGGAAAAUGGUAUAAUCAGUGUGAACGACUGUCUUAGCCAGUUAAGUUAUAACUUAUAUAAUGAGGUGUCUUUGAACGCUUUGAAUGACGACGACAGGUCCCAAAUCCGAAAAGGUAAAGGAAUUGCUGUAGCAGUUGCCUCUUCCACUCUGCUCAAUGGUGGUCGAACGGCACAUUCGGUGCUUAAACUGCCAUUAAACUUGGCCCAUGAAGAAAUGCCAGUCUGUAAUAUAAGUAAAAACAGCGAGCGUGGACGUAUGUUGCAGCAAUGUAAAUUAUUAGUUUGGGAUGAGUGUACCAUGUUCCAUAAAAGAGCAAUUGAAGCUCUAGAUCGGACUUUGAAAGACAUCAAGAGUAAUCCAGAUAUCAUGGGGGGGAUGGUGGUACUUUUAGCGGGCGAUUUAAGACAGACUUUGCCGGUUAUCACUAAAGGUACCCCUGCAGAUGAAAUAAAUGCCUGUUUAAAAGCGUCAACGUUAUGCGUUUCUGUCUACAAAUAUGAGAGUGCAACUACACAAUCUAGACAAUAUGCUGCUGCUCUUCUUAAAAUUGCAGAAGAUCGUAUGGCAAAGGAUGCUAAUGGCAUGAUUACAUUGGAUCGUGAAUUCUGCAAUGUUUGCGCUUACGGGGCCGCGCAACUGCAACUGGCGCAAACGGCCAACGCAAUACGCCACCUGUACGCCUACGGCCUCGGCAGCGGACAAGAUAUCCAAAGGGCGUCCAGCACCGAUCUUACGGGCCUCUCCCCAGCCAUCAUCGAAGCGCUAGCCACCACCCAGGCGCCAGCCGCCGGCAAUGAUACAACAACCUACUACGUUAGCGCCAGCAAUUUGUAUCAGGACAAGUUGAUUGCCACCACCACCGGUUAUCGACGCAUUCGGCUGGCGCAAAAACAUGGCCACAACCAUCAACAACAACAACAGCAACACCCCAACAACAGCGCAAGCAGCGCACAUAAGUACAGCACCGCUUAUCUACCAGCAGCAACAGCAACCGCCACCACCACUACCACAAACUUUGUAGCAGCAGCAAUCAUCGUCAUUAUCUUGCUAGCAACAGUUCCUCCAUAUCCUGAUGUACGAACUACCCAACUUCUGACCUCAUCAUCAACCAAUAUCACAACCUCCGACCACAUAUCAAUUGUCGCAGGCACCACAAGCCGUCAUCAUGCAACACGCACAACCACAAAUGACGCUACAACCACUGCAGCACAUAUCAACGGUACAUGUUAG